AUGCCCGCUACCGGAUGCUCAGCAGCAGCGGCGGUUCGCCAGACCGUCUUCUUCUACCAGCCCUCGCAGCUCGAGGGGUGGCAGGGCCUGGACCCCUUUGCCGCCUGUGCCCUACCAGAUGCCAACGCCGGCGCCGCGCUCUCCUCUGUCGACGGGUCCCCGAACUGGGACUUUUUGACAUGGGAUCCCGCGACUUCGGCGACCAGUCUUGGUGCGGACGCCACAUUUCCGGACCUGGAGAUCGGAGCUGAUUUCCUCAACUUUCCUGAUUACACACCUCCCCUUCCCCCAUCUAUGCCCAACAUUUCUCCGUCCAUUCCCUCUCUCCCCUCCUAUGACCUUCCUUCGGCCUCUAACAGCCCACCCUUUCACCCGCCGGCCACCCGUUCGACGUCGCACUCGCCCCCCAACACGACGCCGAGCUCCACCAGCGGCGCCCCCGCGCUGCCGUCUCACCGCCAGGACCGUGAGUCGUCCGAGGUGGCGCAGCGCCGCCAGCGCAACACCAUCGCGGCGCGCAAGUACCGCCAGAAAAAGGUGGAUCGGAUCGAGGAGCUCGAGAAGGCGCUCGAGGAGACCGUCAGGGAGCGCGACGAGCUGCGGCUGCGGCUCGCGCGUCAGGAGGCCGAGACGAAAGCGCUCAAGAGCGUCAUGCGCAUGGGCAAGGAGUCGGCGUCAAAUGAGGACUAA